AUGGCAACCCAAACAAGUAUUGGGUCAAAUCAGAAGAAGAAUCGCCAUAUCAGUCCCUACGUCCAUACUUUCCAGCUGCAGGACAAGAUCCUUGUCCCACUGGCGGGCCCUAAAAGAAGGAGGCCCAAACGACGACAACAGCGCGCCACGGCGGACUGCUGGAGCAUCUCGACACCGGAGACUAUGCGCUCUCUGCUGUCUCAAGAUACGAAUGUAACAAAGAGCCGCAUCGUGCACAACGCCAGCCUGGAUGGUGAAGCACCAUCGGGAGCCAUCGCGAACACAGAUCACGUAGCGAAAGAAUCGGCGUCUGACGGAUCGAGAAUUGCGCCAGUGACCAUGUCGAAUACGCAGUGGAUCCCAUUCGCUCCGACCCUCUGCGGCUUCCAUACUAGCGCUUCAUCAUCGUCCGCAACGACCAGCUUGGACUACCCCGGGAUCACUCUUGGUCACACCAACACGUGUGGCGCGGAAAUUCCCUUCGUGGAAGAACCUUCCGUCUUUUCUAGAACGGGCGCUGACGCACCAACAAAUGAUACAUUCCUCCCCAUCAAUACCACCACGCACUACGAAUCUGCCGCUAUGCCCGACUUCAGCUCCUCAUCUGCCAUAUCGAAUGGCUCAUCCGGCGUAUCGUCCACUCCUUUUGACGGACUUCUCGGCGUCUUCGGCGAGCCGCCGGCAGCCCUGCCUGGCCCAUACGUCGGUGCCUACGGCCAAUAUGCUAUGUAUCACAGCCUCGCGAACCCUACGGUUAUCAACGCAGGUCUCGCAUCUGACUGGAGUGAUCGCCUCGAGCCUUUUCACGAGUUACGGUCUACCGAUCACGCCCGGUUCAUCUCAGUCACAGACGCCCCGCCCAAUAGCACUUGUUUUGGUACGGACAUCCCCUUCAUCCAAUGGAAGACUCGUUUAUAA